UUAAUUCCAUUUCAAUAGUCAAAAUGGCUAUAAAAUUUUUUCUUCCACAAUGUCUUCUCAUUUUUAGUAUGUAAAAAUAGCAUGUUUGGUAUAACCCAUUACAAAGGAAGAAGAGAAGUUCAAAAUGGACUGAUACUAUUUAUUUGCCCCAUAGAGGAUCCAAAAGUUGAUGGUAGAAUUUGGGAUGUUGAAUGUUUCCCUGAUAAAGCAAAUUGAGGGUUGGGAUGUUGGUUUAGAGAUGAAGCGUUAUUUCAUGUUGGAAUAGAGGCACUAAAUUACUCAUUGCUCAACUUUAUAACUGCUAUCAUAAGUUGAUUUAGUCUUACUUUGUCACUCUAAUUAAAACAUUAAAAUAUAAAUGUGCUGUUCAUAUUAAGCUGUCUUGACCCCAUUGUACCUGAUGUUCCCUCACUUUACUUAUCUUCAAAGCUAAACCUUGUGAAAGAGGUAUCUAUAGUUUGUCUUUUCUUGCCUAUAUCCAGUUCUCUCUGUGUAUCCUAGUAGGGCUUCUGCUUCUCAAACUGCUUUUGUCAAGUCACUGAUAGUCUCCACACUGCCAGAUCAAAUAAUCACUUCUCUAUCAUCUUAUCCUCUCAGCAGUGUUUAACACAGUGACUUACUUAAUUCUCUUGAAAAACACUCUUCUUGUGCUACUUUACCUCUUAAAUUUUCUUCUUGUAUCACUGAUCCUUCUCAGUUUCUUUUGCUUAUCUUCUGCUGGAUUUCCAACUGUUAGGCUAGACUUCCAAUUACUAGAGUGCUCUAGAACUAGACUUUGAGGCUCUCUUCUGUAACCUCUUUAGGUGAUUUUAUUUUUGAAAAUGAUUUGCAUGCCACUCUCAAAUAUAUAGGUCUAGUCUUGGCCUGUUGAGUUCCAGCUUAUAUAUCCAGUUGUCAACUUGACAUCUUCAUUUGGAUGCCUGCCUUAUUAAUAUCAUAUUUAAGUGCCUGAAAACUCAUUUGACUGUUCAAGCCAAAAGCCUAGGAAUCAUCUUAAGAUAACUCUCCUUCUGUUAAUCUCCAUCAUCUCUUCCGUCAGCAAAUCAUGUUGGCUCUACCUCAAAAUAAUGUCCUCUUGGUCAUUGCUGUCAGCUAUUCCAAACCACAGUCAUCUCUUGGACAACAUUUCUCCUUCAUAACUUACUCCCUUAUUAUCCAUUCUCCAUACUGUAGACUGAGUCAUUUUUUAAAAAUAUAAAUUAUAUUCUCCAGCUUAAAACCCUCCAGGGUUUCCAAAGCCCUGCUGGAUCUGACCUCUGUCUCUGUCUUCAAGCUCAACUUCAGUCUCCCUGUUGCUUAAAAGCCUCUGCCAUUCUGGCUGCCUUUUUUUCUUCCCAACAUGCCAAAUUCGGUCCCACCUUAGGGCCUGUACUCUUAUUAAUCAGUUUGCUGGUUUACAGUUACAUACUUGCAGUGGUGUUUCAUCAUCUUUACUGAUGAGGCAUGUAAAGUAGCUGCUCUGUGUGCAGUUCAGUAUUUGUAGUAUGAUACUGUUUUUGUACAUAAGGGGGUAUGUAGUGGAGAGGGAUAUAUUGAUACAUAGGCUUAUAUGUGCAUAAAAUAACUAGAAGGAAGCUUGAGAAUAACAUUGCUUGCCUCCAGGGAGGGGAAUUGGAUGACCAGGGAACUAGAGUGGGAAAAAGACUUUUCACUGUAUAACCUUUACCUUUUGAAAUAUGAGCCAUGUAAAUGUGUUACGUAUUAAAAAUAAAUUCAAAACAAACCCAGGUUAAUUUCUUAAAUAUUAAUAAAUAUAUUGGUCAUACAGCUCUAACUACAGAGGUGAGAAGGACCUCAGGAAAGGAUGUUAAGGGUAUAUCUAAGGUGACAGGGUUAAAAAAAAAAUGCCACUAUAUGUGCAGUGCCUAGAGAGUGCAUGGCACAUAGUAAACGUAUAUAUAUAUUUGUCAGUUGAAGAGAUGUGCUUGUUAAUUUGUAAAGCAGCGUAGAACCUAUUGAAAGUAAUCAGUCACUUCACAUUUUGUAAGGUUACACAUGGCAUUCAGGAGCUUAUUUGUAAUUUACUUUUUCUGGCCUGUACCCUGCCCCCCUUCCUGUUCCCUAAUCAGUUAUUCACCUGUCAUCUUAUAAUGGUUUCUGAAUGACUAGAUAUUAUAUAUUUUUUAAUGGUUUAAAAUAAAGUUUGGUAUUAUUUAUAUAAAUAGGUAUUAAUUUAUUACUUUAAAAUAUAAUGAUGCUAUUUAUGAAACUUGGUUGAUGUACUCUCUGUCAUGUUACAUAAUGGUACCAACAUCUACAAUUUAUAGAGCUACUACUAGACUUGAACCGAAUUAUUUUUUCAGGGAAUGGUUAACUGCCUGAUGGACAACUCUGGUAAAGUAACUGCCUAUAGACUUAUUUAUGUGAGUAUAAGAGUUCAUCAUUUAUGCCCUUUCUUCAUUGGGGAAUACUUUUAGAGGCUGAUUUCUAAAAAGAAUUCUCUUUUUCUCCUUCCUCUUCUAAUUGAGACUUCAGAGGCUUCAGGCUACAGUGUCAUCAGCAUAAUGCUAGCAGUCAGUUGCUUAUUCUUAUUAAACCAAAUUGUGUAAUGUUACUUUUUCAGAGUAUUGCAGUUAGGAGCAUGGGGUUGAAACAAUCUGGAUAACAUGAAAGUGAUGCUGGUGGCUAAGGGAAGACAACCUGAUUCUGCAGGAAGGGCUAUAGCUGAUACAUCCGUUGUGUAGAUUUGAGUAUGAGCACAGUUGAAGAGGAUUCUGACACAGUAACAGUAGAAACUGUGAACUCUGUGACUUUGACUCAGGACACGGAAGGGAACCUCAUUCUUCAUUGCCCUCAGAAUGAAGCUGAUGAAAUAGAUUCGGAAGAUAGUACUGAACCUCCACCUAAAAGGCUUUGUUUGUCCUCUGAGGAUGAUCAGAGUAUUGAUGAUUCUACUCCUUGCAUAUCAGUUGUUGCACUUCCACUUUCAGAAAAUGACCAGAGCUUUGAGGUGACCAUGACCGCGACCACAGAGGUAGCAGAUGAUGAGAUUACUGAGGGAACUGUGACACAGAUCCAGAUUUUACAAAACGAACAACUAGAUGAAAUCUCUCCUUUAGGUAAUGAGGAAGUUUCAGCAGUUAGCCAAGCAUGGUUUACAACUAAAGAAGAUAAAGAUUCUCUGACUAACAAAGGACAUAAAUGGAAGCAGGGGAUGUGGUCAAAAGAAGAAAUUGAUAUUUUGAUGAACAAUAUUGAACGCUAUCUCAAGGCACGCGGAAUAAAAGAUGCCACAGAAAUCAUCUUUGAGAUGUCAAAAGAUGAAAGAAAAGAUUUCUACAGGACUAUAGCAUGGGGUCUGAACCGGCCUUUGUUUGCAGUUUAUAGAAGAGUGCUUCGCAUGUAUGAUGACAGAAACCAUGUGGGAAAGUACACGCCUGAAGAAAUUGAAAAGCUCAAGGAGCUCCGGAUAAAGCAUGGCAAUGACUGGGCAACAAUAGGGGCGGCGCUAGGAAGAAGUGCGUCUUCCGUCAAAGAUCGGUGCCGACUGAUGAAGGAUACUUGCAACACAGGGAAGUGGACAGAAGAAGAAGAAAAGAGACUUGCAGAGGUGGUUCAUGAAUUGACAAGCACUGAGCCAGGUGACAUAGUCACACAGGGUGUGUCUUGGGCAGCUGUGGCUGAACGAGUGGGUACCCGCUCAGAAAAGCAGUGUCGUUCUAAAUGGCUCAACUACCUGAACUGGAAACAGAGUGGGGGUACUGAGUGGACCAAGGAAGAUGAAAUCAAUCUUAUCCUCAGGAUAGCAGAGCUCGGUGUAGCUGAUGAAAAUGACAUAAACUGGGAUCUGUUAGCUGAGGGAUGGAGCAGUGUCCGUUCACCACAGUGGCUUCGAAGUAAAUGGUGGACCAUCAAAAGGCAGAUCGCAAACCAUAAGGAUGUUUCGUUCCCUGAUGAUGGUGUCGGAGAAUCAAUGUUCUUUUUGUCUACCCAUCUCCCUUCAGUCCUAAUAAAAGGUCUUAAACAGUUACAUGAGAACCAAAAAAACAACCCAUCGGUCUUGGAGAAUAAAUCAGGAUCUGGCGUUCCCAACAGUAAUUCCAAUUCCAGUGUACAGCAUGUUCAGAUCAGAGUCGCCCACUUGGAAGAAAAUACAGCCAUCUCUCCAAGCCCCAUGACAGCACUGCAGAUUCCUGUCCAGAUCACCCAUGUUUCUUCAGCAGACUCCCCUGCUGCUACAGUUGACUCAGAAACAAUAACACUAAACAGUGGAACACUACAGACAUUUGAGAUUCUUCCAUCUUUCCAUUUACAGCCCACUGGCACUCCAGGCACCUACCUACUUCAAACAAGCUCAAGCCAAGGCCUUCCCCUAACUCUGACGGCCAGUCCCACAGUAACCCUGGCAGCUGCUGCUCCUGCUUCUCCUGAACAGAUCAUUGUUCAUGCUUUAUCUCCAGAGCAUUUGCUGAACACAAGUGACAAUGUCACAGUGCAGUGUCACACACCAAGAGUCAUCAUUCAAACUGUUGCCACAGAGGACAUCACUUCUUCCAUAUCCCAAGCAGAAUUGACAGUAGAUAGUGAUAUUCAGCCAGCUGAUUUUCCUGAGCCUCCAGAUGCUCUGGAAGCAGAUACUUUCCCAGAUGAAAUUCAUCGGCCUAAGAUGACUAUAGAGCCAUCAUUUAAUGAUGCUCAUGUAUCCAAAUUCAGUGACCAAAAUAGCACAGAACUGAUGAAUAGUAUUUUGGUCAGAACAGAAGAAGAAAUCUCUGACACGGACCUUAAGCAAGAAGAGGACUCACCCUCUGAUUUAGCCAGUGCUUACGUUACCGAGGAUUUACAGUCUUCUACUAUAGAGGAAGAAGUUGAUCAAACAACAAUUGAUGAUGAAACGAUACUUAUCGUUCCUUCACCACAUGGCUUUAUCCAGGCAUCUGACGUUAUAGAUACUGAAUCUGUCUUGCCUUUGACGACACUAACAGAUCCCAUACUCCAGCAUCAUCGAGAAGAAUCACAUAUCAUCGGAUCAUCUUUGGGCAGUCCUGUUUCUGAAGACUCAAAGGAUGUUGAGGAUUUGGUAAACUGUCAUUAGGUAAUUGUUUGAAACAGGGUAGUUCAAACAAAGAAUUCAUAUUGUUCAUUGCAACACCUCCAAAGACACAGGAGCAACCCCGAGAGGCUUAAUUGAAAAUUCCUCUGGCAUUUAAAUAGCUACACUGCUAAAGCCAUGCACACUGUUGCUGCUAUGACAUUUUACCUCCUUUAAAUAUAUCAUCUGAGGCCCAGGUUUUUGACAGUGUGUAUUUGAAUGGAGUAUGGGGUUAGAGCUCUGUGGCUAUGUUUAGGGUUAAUUAUCAGUAGGGAAUUGCCUUGACUUCAGCUACUGGGAAAAGUUUAAAAUCACCAAAGCUGAAAUAUUCUGAUUUUAAAGCAGUAGUAUUCGUCUCUGAAGAUCAGGUAUGCCUCUCUAACCAGUCUCAAGUAGGCCUGCCUUGUUAUAUUUCAGAGACAUCACAUCAACAUGAUCUAGAGCUUAUCGAGUUGCCUUUUUCAAACAGGUUAGGUAUCAUUAGCUUGAGACUUGACCAGCAUACAAAUACAGAAACCUGGGGAGGUGAUUGUGUGGCUGUUACUUUGGUUUACCCAUUGCUGGCAGUGGGAGCUCAUUUAGGCAGGGUAAAGAGGAAAGCAUUAAAAGGUUUUAAAAAAAAUUCACUACAGGUUUUUUAUUACUUUUAAAGGGAGUAUGGAUGUGGGUAGUAACAAAACCCACCAGAAGCUAAGUAAACAGAAUUUUCACCCCCUCAGAAACCACUGUCAUCAGUUUCCAAAGGUAUAGCACUUUGAAGUAAAAUUAAACUAAAUGGAGAAGAUGGUAAUGUUGCCUACCCGUUGAUACCAUGACCGUUUAUUAUGUAUUUUGCUAUAUAAAUUACCCAGAAAAUAGCUGAGGGUUUGCCAUUCGUUUAAUGCAUUAGCUGGUUGGGGUACAAUGUAUCUUCUCCCUUACUGGCAAUAUAGAAACAAAAUUAGCUUCUGAAAAGGAAGGAAACAAAUCAAGAGUCAUUCCUAUGCUAGAAAAGGUUUAGCCAAAACUAGCCCCCUACAGAAAAGUCACAAAAAACCUUGUAUAAAUUAUUUUAUUUAUUCUUGUAAUUAGACCUUCACAAUCAAAGUUGUCUUUUCACUGUGUUUUGUUAAUGUGAAAUUAAGUUGUAGUUAUAAGUAAAAGUUGGUUGUAUAGGGAACAAUAAUUGUAUAUUCAGUUUAACAGAAAUAAAAGAAUAUUUGUCUUAG